AAUUACACGUAUUCAUUGGCUUUGCGUGUGAGCAGCCCCUCGAUUCGCACUCACGCUCCCUUCUCUCCCCUUCGCCUCCCCCUCUUUUCUCUUGCCCCGGCGGUCGGUCGCUCCUCCGGCGACCUCAACCACCUGCACAGUCAAAGCAGAAAGGGGAGUGAAAGGGGGAGAGAUUUCUCCAUGGCGUCCGCGCUACCACCACCAUCCUCUUCAUCCUCCUCUGGGGCGCGGGACGAGGAUCCCAUUCUCUCCCACUGGUGCUACCAGUGCGACAAGCGGGUCGCGGUUGACCCCCUCCCCCACCAACCUGACAUCGUCUGCCGAGAGUGCAAUAACGGAUUCGUCGAGCUCAUCGCCGCCCCUCCUCCCCCGCCCGCCUCCAACACCGCGGCCGGUGGCAGCCGUCCGGAGCCCUCGUUCAAUCGCCAGUUCCUGCAGAUCCUCCGCCUUUUUGCGCACGCUGCCCAGAUUGGCCGCCACCAACAAUCUCCAUCCCGGUCGAGGGACGAAUCGCCUGCCGUCGCUAGCGGCAGCGGCGGGGUUAGUGGUAGUGACGAUGGCGAACUGCCUUGGUAUGGGAUCGUGGAACCGGAUUCGGCUGAGGCACCGGAAACCGAUGAUUUUCUGCGAAUCGAACUCGAUGAUGGAUGGGAGGAAGCGACCUUCGAAGGCGACGAGGAAGAAGACGACGACGAAGAGCAGGGGCCGCAGGAGAAUGAGGGGCAGAGGCAGGGCCGGCGUGACGUUGUGCGGGUUCGGAUCAGAGAUCGGAGCUUGCAGUUCUCCGGCAGCGGCCGGGCGAUCGAUUGGCAGGAGAUCCUUGGAGGACUGGAGGACAACAGCAUCGAAUUGAGGGUGGAAUUCCCCGGAAGAGAAGGGGAACGGUACGUGGGGAACCCAGAGGACUACGUCGAUGCGGCCGGAUAUGAGGUUGUGCUGCAGAAUUUGACGGAGAACGAGGGUGGUACGAGGAAAGGGGCGCCGCCUGCUUCACGAUCGGCCAUCCUUGGCCUGCCGACCGUCACCUUGGGCAAGGACGGGGAGAAUCAAUUGUGUGCUAUUUGCAAAGAAGGGGCUUCUGCGGGUGACAAGGGAAGAGCACUGCCCUGCAGACAUGUCUACCAUGAAGAAUGCAUUCUCCCUUGGUUGAACUCCAGAAAUUCUUGCCCUGUUUGUAGGUAUGAGCUCCCGACAGAUGAUGCAGAGUAUGAAGAGCAGAGGAAAAGGAUGGGUGGCUCCUUUAUGUGAGAUGUCCCCUUUGAUAGUGGGUGACAGUGAGUAGAAUUGGAGAGGAAAAAGCUCAACGGCAAAGACUUUGAGAGAAAGAGGGAGAAGGUGAGGAAGAGAUCCUCAUUUGUGCUGCUGGAAAGGAACGAGAAGCAAAAAGAGGUUGCUGCUGGAAAUCAAUCUCGAUUAGAAGGUAUGGGGAUUUUCAGCCAUGAUUGAAGCAUGAAGCCAUGUAUUUUGAUCUCUUAUGGAUACCUAUAUACUUAGAAGAUGAAUCCAUGUAGAGAAAUUUCAGUCAUAAACGUGAAGCCUCUGUAUUUUGGUUUUCUGUACGUAUGCUACUUAUGUUCAUCCGUGAGAACCCUAAAACUGAGUAUGAAUUUCUAUGUUAUGGGCUUCGUUCAAGGAUUUGACCAAACCGCAUGAAAGUUAUGACCGGAGGCAUGUUAGUCUUUGUUAGGUUUUGGAACCUCUCGGAUGUUCAUGUGAUGUUGUUUCUCUUUUCUGAUUUUUUUUUAAAGAGAGCAUGUUAGAUAUGAAGGUGAAGCAUGUCGUUCUAUGUUGCUACGUUGUUUCUUCUUGUAGUUAUUUCAUUCAUGAGAAAUCAAGACUAGAGUAACAUAGCAGAUAUCUCUGAGAUGAAGGAGACGUUAGAGAAAUCAAACCAACUUCAAUAAAAUUAUAUACAGAACCCUCACGGAGGGUUUGACCAUGGAAUUUGAUAUAUAGAAUGUCAGUGGGAAGACUCUAUUGUCCAGAACGACGUCGACAGAGGGCAACGCCUGCUCUGCUCGACAUACAGUAAAGGAAAAACCAACAUACAGAAAGGAGGAAAGGAAGGAAACACAAUGAGUUUGCCAACGAAUAGAGGCAAUCGCCCAACCAAUUGGAAAACCAGCCAUUGUUCCUCACGCUGGUUGAGUAAAGGUGAAACGCAGCGUCCUCCUCCUACCGUUUCUCUUCGUUGAUGGUUCAUCCCCGUCGCAGCGAAGGUGGAGACUAAGAGCCAUUGAAGCAUCGGCUCUUGGGUAGACUGCCUUCCCCACGCUGGUGCAAAAUGAGGGCAGAGGAAGCGGCGAUUUUUAGGAGGGAAAUGUCGGACGGUCGGUGGGCGGCGCCAUAGGACCCGAGCGUUGGAGCUCGCGAGAGGAAGGCGCUCCUCUCUCUCUGGUUUGUUCCCCCCCUUUGAACAAGGAGGAAGAUCCACCGCCGGGCGAGGAAGGUGCUGUUGUGAAGAGAGAAAGCCAACGAGAAAAAGAAGAGGAGCUCCCUUACGAAGAGAGAGAAAACGCGGGUGAGAAAUGAAGAAAACGAGUGGGUUUCGUUUUUAUAACAAGACUCAAAAAUUACAAAGCGGGUCCACCUCUUAAGCAGAAUUCACGAAAAGGCUGUUAAAAUUUUUAAUCAUUCAUGCCGCAACGUUUUUGCUAAAAACAUCUUCAAAAAAAGGGGUCCGCAAAAGUUAUUUUCUAUAAGAACCAAAGAACUCUUUCGAAAUUGUGAAUCAGUACCCUUUGAAUUCUUAAAAUUGUCAAAAGAGGGUUUUUAUAAAUUGGUUUGCAAUUUCGAUGGAAAAACCGUAAUUUUAUGUAUUAUUGCUCUGUGGUACCUUUUGUAUUAUUUAAAUUUCAGGAAUAGGGGUAUUGAACCCCCUUGUUUUGAAAUGGUGAUUGUUGUGUUUAGUCUGGAUGUGAUAUGCUCUAUAUUAGUGCACGUAUUAUCGAUUUUGUUUUGGUGCCAUUAAAUUAAGAUUUAAAAUGGUUGAAUUAUUCUGUUUGGGAAACCGAGCCUGAGGGCGGUUUCUGAGAGGGGUAUUAGACAAGGUCUAGUAAGGAGAAACCCUCACUUUUGAAAUUCGAAGGCGAAACGUGGGCUUUGUGCGAUGGUUUAUGCGAGUGCGAGCUUUCUGUUUUACCCAGUGUUUGGUUUCGUCCCGGGAGGUAGUGGUCACACUCCUCUGGCUGUACUGGAGGGCCCACAGGGUAUUGGGCGGCACAAGGGCUCGGGAUUCUGUUCUGUUUCUGUUUGGGAGCGAGACUCCUGGUCUCUCCACCCGGGUUCCUAGAGAGACCAUGCUGCUGCAGCGGCGAUCUGGGAUAUCUCAGGAGGCUUCACUUCAGGUGCCCUCGAUCCGUUGGAUCGCCUGGUGAAGAGAUGUUCUGUUCUGCCCGUGAGUGCCCACGGGGAUUUCUGUUGCUCGGCACGAUGACCAUGACAUUGUCAGAGAACCACGGUUGGAAGCCUACGAAAAUUUGGAGGUUGUGCACACCUCAUUCUGUCUUUGGUGAUAUGAUAUGUGUUAAGUUUUAGAAAACUUAUGGAUUGUAGUUUAUAAGGCCUUUUUGGAAUCGUUAUACGAAAUUAAACAUUA